ACUCGCCAUCUAUUUAUACGUCUAUUGCAUGAGCCCCAGGACACCCUUCUAAGGAAAGUAAUCCGUCCCCCUAACACAGAGGCACAGCGUACUGCGCAUCCAAUAUUACCCCUUUUGCCUCUCAUCUUGAAUCUUCACGACCCCAGACCCUGAUGCAUGGUAUCCACGUCCGCCCGCUGUGGGUCUAGACCCCGGAUCCUUGUAUCUGGGAUGGAUCUGCCCGUCUUCCCCUUUCUUUGUUCCCAGUCCCGUGACUCCACCGUAAAUAUCUCCUUCUCUCUUCCCUCUAUUACCAAAACCACAAGAACCCGAACCCCAAUCCUCUCCUUUCCCCAAAUACACAGCCGCCUUUCCCCCCUUCUUUCAUGGAAGAACCAAGGCGUCACGUGCUACUCGACAAACACCCCGGCCGCGGGGCACGAGUCGAAGAUCAGCACACGACGGUCUAGAACACUGGGUCUGCGACGUGCAACAGGAAACGGCGCGUUGCGGUUUGUUUCGAGGACAGGGCUUGGGAGUGGAUGGCGAGACUCGCCUCCAUGCCGGCGGCCUCGUGGCGCGCUGCUGGGGGCGGGGAAUUGGACGCCUCGAGACGGGUGUGUGUGUGCGUUGCGCAUGUUGGCAAGCCGUGGAUGGAUGGUGAACCAACAAACGAAGUAAGAUGUGAGAUGAACCAACAACCAAUCUAGAUGAAAAGAAGA